AUGACAGUCUCUGAAACAAAGGAUGAGCCCGUGAGGAUGUUUGAACCAUUCUAUCUCACCUGCUUGGAUCAUACUGUGGGACCGGUUUUCAUGAAUUUCUUCCUAUCGUUCCGCUGCAGCAACAUAGAAGAAUGCCUCAUUGCCACCAACCAGGGAAUCACUGGUUUGAUCGACAGGCUUCCUUUUUUGACCGGAGAUGUCAUCCAAACCACCACCCCAGAUGGCAGGAAGAAUGUAAUGCAGAUCGUACCAUCCUCAAUCCUGAUCCGCGAAGUUCCUAUGAUUUCUAUCAAGCAACACCCCCACCAACUUAUUCCAAAUUUACCACUCCAAAUCAAAGCAGGAGCUAGUAAGAACCAAAGAUUUGCAUCUCUCGACGACUCAUACGUUCCUCCCGUCUCCUUGUUGCCCCUGUCACCAGGCCCAAGACCAGUUUUUCGCGUCCAAGUCAAUGUCCUCGCGGACGGACUUGUUCUGGCGAUAGGGUUCCACCACAGCGUGUUUGAUGCCACAGGAGCUGGGCGGUUGAUUGAAAUACUAGCUGAGUGUUGCGGCGGCCCCAGCUCCCACGAUUUGACACCCACAACUGAGGUCGAGGAUGAAAUUAAACUCAGACGUCUAGUUGACAAUAUUGGGACCUUCACAGCCGGGUCAUCCCGUCCGCGCAAAGAUGAAGGCCAGAACAGCAACAUCGAAACGUCGACAACGGAUUCGGACUGGGCCCUACCGAAAUUGGACGUCUACUCUUUUCACUUCUCGGCUACUGCUGUCACCCAGCUGAAGACCGCUUGUAACAGCGUAUUGUCGGAUAUUCAAUCCCGGCAAUACGAUGACGCGAGGCCGGGGGGUGAAUCGAAAGAUCCCAGGCAAAAGUUCAUCUCCACCAACGACAUAUUGACCGCCCUAGCUGCACUAGAUAUAUACAAAGCUCGCAGCCAUCACAUCAAAGAUGGCCAGACCGAGAUAAAUGCAGAGAUGGUCGUGAUUGUCGACCUGCGUAAGAAACUUGCCUCCCUGCCGAACAGCUACCUUGGGAAUGGCGUUUCUCUCAUCAGAGCCCGUGCACACCUCCAGGAUGCGUUUCCCAACCCGGCUGUUUUGGUUUCGAAACAGAACCAGCAUCCGACCAUAGACAACACCACGCUUCUGGAAAUCACAGCAUUAGCACUUCAGCUUCGCCAGAAGCUCGCCUUAAUGGAUGACGCGAAUGUGCGCCAGGAUAUAGCACGCCUGAUGAGCAACAAGGAUUGGAGCCAACUCGGUACACGUCUCCCGGACACGAUCGUGUCGAGUUGGCGACAGCUCAAGGCGUGUCGUUUGGAUUUUGGGCCUGCGCUAGGGCGAAUUGCGGAGUUCAACCCGCAGGCUACGCUGUUAGAUGGCUUUUGUAUUAUCCAGCCGGAGCGUGCGGGUGAUGGGUGUGGAGAGAAGCCCGGGUGGGAGGCUUACGUUACGCUACAAUCGGAUGCUAUGGGCUCAUUUCUUCAGAAUGGGGUAUUCAGUACUUUGUCACAGGACAAAGUUGCAAGAUACAUUUCGUAA